GGACAGUGCUAGCUGAUUCAUCACAAUCAACCGCGACGCAUCUGAUAACGAUCCGACGUUGAAAUAGACCGUUUACAGCGAAAAUUCCACCCCCACCCUAUUUCAACCGAAGAAGACAUCGUAAUCAAGGUGGCACCGGUUGAAAAAUUAGGCUCUAGUAGCCACCAAACUGCCAAGAUGCUCGUGCCGCCGGAUAUGUUGGCCGCCCAGUCCAAGAUGGUCUAUCAGUUAAAUAAAUACUACACAGAAAAAGUGCAAACGAGAAAGUUACAGACUUCUAAAACGAUACAAGAAGUGUGUCGGGUUGUCCAGGACGUGCUAAAAGAAGUUGAGGUUCAGGAGCCGAGGUUUAUAUCAUCCCUAACUGACUACAAUGGACGAUUCGAUGGUUUGGAAGUGAUUUCACCGCAAGAGUUCGAAGUGGUUAUAUAUCUGAACCAAAUGGGAGUGCUGAACUUCGUCGAUGACGGUACUCUACCCGGUUGUGCCGUGUUGAAACUCAGCGAUGGAAGAAAAAGGUCCAUGUCCUUAUGGGUAGAAUUUAUUACAGCUUCCGGUUACCUAUCAGCAAGAAAGAUGCGGUCCCGAUUCCAAACUCUAGUAGCUCAAGCCUGUGACAAAUGUUCGUACAGAGACAGUGUUAAAAUGAUCGCAGAUACCACCGAAGUGAAGUUACGAAUACGUGAAAGAUACAUAGUACAAAUAACGCCAGCAUUUAAGUGUGCGGGGCUUUGGCCUAGAAGCGCGGCACAUUGGCCUCUACCUCAAAUUCCCUGGCCGCACCCCAAUAUCGUCGUAGAAGUAAAAACCGAAGGUUUUGAUCUACUUUCAAAAGAGUGUAUAGCGUUGCAAGGUAAACAAUCAGCAAUGGAGGGCGACGCUUGGGUGUUAUCGUUCUUUGAAGCAGAAAAUCGACUUCUACAAGGAGGCUGCCGUAAAAGAUGUCUAAGUAUUCUUAAAACUCUUAGGGAUCGGCACUUAGAUUUACCCGGAAACCCAGUAACUGGUUAUCACAUGAAAACAUUGUUGCUCUACGAGUGCGAGAAACAUCCUAGGGAAUCCGAAUGGGACGAAUCCUGUAUAGCUGACAGAAUCAACGGCAUUUUCCUCCAAUUAAUCUCCUGUUUACAGUGCAAACGGUGUCCUCACUAUUUCCUCCCUAACUUAGAUCUAUUCAAAGGAAAAUCACCAAGUGCUUUAGAAAACGCUUCGAAACAAGUGUGGCGAUUGACAAGGGAAAUGUUAACAAACUCGAGGUGUUUUGAAAAGUUGUAGUUGUUUUUACUGUAAGUAUUUUUUAAAUAAAAUUUCAAUCUUAAAUUUAUAUACAACAAAUGCCGAUUUAAAUUUAUCUUGAAAACAAUGUCAAUUUUCAAGUUGUAAAUUUCCGUCAAACAAAUUUAAAGAUAGAUAAUAAGGAAGACACAACAGAAAAUAAAAUUUAUUAAAUAUUGACAAAAUUUAUUAAAAAGCAAUCAAAUUAACUAAUUUAAAAAUUAACUAAUUAA